AUCAGUUAGUCAUGCCUUAAUCACUUCAACCAUCAAAUACAACUGACUUGACAGAUUAAUUUCAUUAAAAAUGUCACUGAAUUCGUAAUGUAAUCUGUGGUCAUUUGGAUGAUUCAAGAGCAUGCAGAACUUUGCAACUUGAACAUAAAUGAUUAUAUUUGAUUAUUAAUGUGUAAUUGUUACAGAUAUAUUGUUGUUGUUGCAAAAUCUGUUUGCACUGUUAGUUGUUCCCAAAAUGUGAUAUGCGUGUUUACUUGUCCUUUGUAAAAUGUUAUUGUUGACAGGGUUUUCUGUCUGUAAUUUCUGCAGACCUGGUCAAAUUAAGAUUUCAGUUUAAUUGGCAAGUCAUUCGGAGGGAAAGAAUGUUGGUAUGGACAUAAACCAAUCACAAAGCAAGAACUUCUCGAGCGAGACGCACCAGCGCAUGAAUGUGGGUCAUUCCACGCGCUCAGCACCGGGAACGGACGCAGUUUUCCCAACUCGCCAACAUGGGACAGUGCUGGAGAUCGGACCGAUCACUCAAAAAGAGUAUCCUAAAACAAGGUAACUGGACAUUAUGAAACGCCUUGUUCAGAUGCGAUAUUAACGGAUAUGAUUUUAGAGAUGGAAAACGGCACAAACCACACGCAGGACCGCGCGCACGGAGCACAGGAGCGAGAGGAUGGAGACGGACAGAACAGCGUGCGGGCACUGCUGGGUUUCGUGCUCUUCCUCCUCAUCGUCUCCACGCUGCUCGGAAACACGCUCGUGUGCGCCGCCGUGGUCAAAUUCAGACACCUGCGCUCCAAAGUGACUAACUUUUUCGUAAUUUCUCUGGCCGUUUCGGAUCUCUUCGUAGCCGUCCUGGUGAUGCCGUGGGAGGCGAUAUCCGCGGUGGCGGGCACUUGGCUCUUCGGCCGGUUUUGCGGCAUCUGGAUCGCCUUUGACAUCAUGUGCUCCACUGCGUCCAUCCUCAACCUGUGCAUCAUCAGUGUGGACCGCUACUGGGCCAUCGCGAGCCCGUUCCGCUACGAGCGCAAGAUGACCCACCGGGUGGCUUUUAUGAUGAUUGGAGUUGCGUGGACCCUGUCCAUCCUCAUCUCUUUUAUCCCGGUCCAGCUCAACUGGCACAUGGCUGAGGAAGAUGAGGAUGGCGCAGCGGGCAACGGCACCGAUUACAGCGACAACUGCAAAGCCAACCUGAACCGGACGUAUGCCAUCUCAUCUUCGCUGAUAAGUUUCUACAUCCCCGUGAUCAUCAUGAUCGCCACGUACACGAGGAUAUUUCGUAUUGCGCAAACACAGAUCCGCAGGAUCUCCUCUUUGGAAAGGGCAGCGGAGCACGCGCAAAACCACCACCAGCCCAACGAUUGCUCCAACGAGAGCUCACUGAAAACCACUUUCAAGAAAGAGACCAAAGUUUUAAAAACACUCUCGAUCAUUAUGGGGGUGUUUGUGUUCUGCUGGCUACCGUUUUUCGUGCUUAAUUGCAUGGUGCCCUUCUGCCAGUGCGUGAGUGACACUACCUUCACCAUCUUCGUGUGGUUCGGAUGGGCCAAUUCCUCCCUCAAUCCCGUCAUUUACGCGUUUAACGCGGAUUUCAGGAAGGCGUUCUCCUCGAUUUUGGGUUGCAACAAAAUUUUCCCCAGCACCACAGUGGAGACGGUGAAUUUCAGUAACGAGCUGGUGUCGUAUCAUCACGACACGACGCUUCAGAAGGAGGCGCAACCGCUGGUCGUUCAGAUGCCGAAUCCUCCGGAGGAGCCGAGUCUCCCGUUCGAUAAGGCCUCGGUUACUUCGAACAUGUCCCGGAAUCACACAAACAUGCUCUUACCCAACAUCGGACUGUUUGAGUGCGACGGGGAGAUUUCUCUGGACACUAUCACGCCAUUUACCUCCACGGGACUCAUGGAGUGCGAGGGAAUCCCAGGACAAAUCAUUAGUGAAUGACUCAGGGGGGUUAGGGGUCGCCAAGGCUUUUACCUCCUCAAAUGAAGGCCAAAAUAUUAUUAGACUAGUGGUAUCACAAAGCAGGCGAACAGGUUUAAUUCUACAUAUCAAAAAGGUUAACAAAAAGUAUCGCAUUUUCGUCUGGCAAAAAAAAUAAAUAAAAAAAACUAAAAAAAAAAAAAAAACUUUUGCGGAUACCAACAGUACGCCUCUCGAACGCUUACAGUAUAUUAUUCAAAGUUACACAGGCAAAACAUAAAUACUGUUUUCUUCAUAACACUUUUUUAAAAGGUAAAACGAGGAUUUGCGCCAGACACUCAUAAAUAACCCUACAAAUGAUCUUUCUGAAAGUCAAUGUAAGCACACUAAAUACUUUUAAAGUGAACUUAUUCACUCUUCGACUGAUGCUGGAGGAAUAAUAAACUAAAAUCAUCACCAAUGCAUAAAAUGAGCUCAUGCCUCUUUUUGACCCCUGUGGUUUUCUUAAAAUAAAGUGCAUCCUACUUUUACCGUUAUUUUAAGCAUAAUUAACUUAAUUUGUUCAAAUUAAGUUGUUCACUUGCCUUGUACAUGUACAGUAAAAUAUGACAUUCAUUAUAGAUAAUUGUAUAUGUGUUUUAAUGUGAGAAAUGUCCAUUUGCUGACAACUUUUGCAAAUCAUGUAGCUAUAAUCCUUGCAGACAUAAGCACAUUCUCUUUGAACCUUUCUGUCCACAGCUUUUACAUGAAAAUCUCCUAA